AUGCCUGGAACGUUUGUGGAGUUGCCUGAACUUGUAGCCUUUCAGGCUUUUGGACAAGAGCUGAGCACUAAGCCAAAGAGCCACAAGGCCAUGGGAGAUGGCGAGUGGAUGGCCAGGUUGAGGGCUUUUGCCAGCUGUGGGUUUUGGCCUUCUGGAGAAGGCAACAGACCAGCCCCAAGGCAGCGGAAGUGGUAUAACCUCUACCAGAAGAUUGAGAAAUGCCCCAUGCAGGCACGUGGGCAGACCACCCUCUUUGGAGGCUCCAUGGCCUGCAAUUGUGGAUUCCACACCAAUAAGCAGUCUGCCACUGCCACUCACUCUUCUGCUGUACCUCCUGCUGCUUCCAAUACGGCUCCUGAAACCGCUGCUUCUGCCCCACCCUCAUUCCUGAGGCCCCCUCUAAGUUUGUCUAUGUUCACUAAGUCACACUUUGGCGGGUCCAAGUCGACUUCGCUAAAACCCAACUUAGUGAAUCGGAGGACCCCCGGCCCCUCUGCUCCACCCUCUGCAUCCUCUCUUUCUCUUCCCAGCCCCUCUCCUCCUUCCUCUGUGAGGACUCCAUCUAUGGCCUCUGUGAGGACUGCCGCCACCCCUCUAUCCUCUGUGAGGACCUCCACCCCUUCUCUGUCUUCUGUGAAGACCCCCAGUCCAUCUCCUCCACCCUCUGAAGGAACCGCUAGGCCUUCUCCUCCCAGCCCCUCUCCCCCUCCAUCCUUUGAGGAGCCUGGAGGAGUCCAGCCAGCCCCUGCUGGGGCCUCAGCUUCUUUCUGGCUGCCAGGUGAAUGGCCCAAGACCAUCCCUGUGCAGGACCAGAGGUGGAUUGCCAGCACUAUUUUUCACGCUGGCAAGCUGCGGCCAGAUUUGAAGCUGUGGUACGAGCCGCCUGUCCCAGCUCUCAUUUACCACCAGACACCUACACCUGACCGGUUCUUCACCCAUCGGUUGAUGGUGUGGAUGCCCUACCACCUGUGGAAGGUGAGGGUUUUCUGUCUAGCUUGUGGCAAGAACCUGACAGGCUAUGGUGUCCACAAAAGAGCUCGGAAGGUCCUGGACAUCGACAGGUACUACCUGAUGGUUACGGAGACACUCAGGUGCACUGUGUGUUCUCUGAACUAUCUGUCUACAAGUCAGACUGUCCAGGACCAGCUUGACCUGCCGCACCAGAAAAUGUUCCGUCUGAUCCUGACCCACAAGUAUGCCUGUGACAUCCGUGUCAUUAGGCUGCUUCGGGACAGGACACUGGGCAACAGUCCAGCUCGAUUGGUGCGGCAGUUGAAAGAAAACCAUGAGGAGGUGAAUCGGUUGGCACACUAUCUUGGGGAGUGUGCUGACUUUGUCGAUCGACCCAGCCUCUCUCCGGUGGUCUGCCAGGAACCUCCAGAUUCAAUUGACAUCCCCACCAGUCGUUGGCUGCUGUCAGUGUAUGGCAGCAAAAUCCUCUCCAGAAUUGGACAUAUAAAGGCCAGCAUCACAUCCAUCUUUGGCAACAUCUUAAAGAUGGAUUCCACAAAAAAGAUCACAAAGAAGCUGGCUGGCUAUGGACGGGGGACAGCACUCUGGUUAACCUCCAUUGGAAAUGAGGUUGGCCAGAUAGUGACCAGUGUGCUGUCAGUGCAAGAGGGGCCGGGACUGGACAGGAUGGUGACCGGUGAAAUAGAACGGUACCGCCAGGCUGCCAUUCCACCCCCAGUGCUACUUUAUGUGGACUGUGGCUGCUGCGUGAGUGAGGGAGCAACGAGCAAGCUGCAGACCAGGUUCGGCGAGUGGCCAGACCUUCACAUACGGCUGGACAUCUGGCACUUUAUGAGGAGGAUGGCCGUGGGCUGCACCACCGAUGCACAUCCCCUCUACCCCACCUUCAUGGGAUGCCUGUCUGCCUGCAUCUUUGAGUGGGAUGCUGGAGACCUCAGCCUGUUGCCUGGGGAUGAAGAAGACGAGGGCUUCGGGGAAGACCAUGACAUUACUGUGUCAAGUCUUACCGAUGACCCAAGCUUCUCUGUCUCCUCCCAUUUUCUGGCCUCCUCUGAGUCUCUCUCCUCCACCCAGCCUGCUGCCCCCUCUGCCCAGCUUGCUGCCUCCUCCACCUUGGCUGAUGCCCCCUCCACCCAGCCUGCUGCCUUCUCCACCCUGGCUGCUGCCCCCUCUGCCCAGCCUGCUGCCUCCUCCACGCCAGACUGA